GAUAUUCAGUUAAAAAUGUUUUAUCUUCUAGUAAUAUUUAUUUUUCUACUCUCUGGAGUAUACUUUAUGAAUAAAAUACAACAAAAGGAAGAAGACUGGAGCAGUUGGGCACAAAAAGGCUGGAUAUGGUCUGAAAGCAAAUGAUGAUAUAAACACAAUGGAGUUACCUCAGAAAUUAGGCGAACACCCGUUGGCUGUAGAUGCGGUUUGGUUUGGUGGAGCAAACAAAGAUGGCGUCUAUCUUGUUAUUUCAGGAGCUAGGAGACAAGAUAGAAUUAUGCAGAGUAUGCUGUUCUUGUAUAUACCUGGAGUAGGAUUACUUCAGUAUCCAAACCAUCCAGAAACAGCAAUACAACAGAACGAAUCUGAAUCUGAAGGUUGGAUAGGAGGAGGAAUUCAUCUAGAACCCGUAGAACCUCUCAGAAAAUGGAGUGUGAGAUACUGCGGGGAGCUGAUUAAUGUUUGUACAAAGCAACUGUAUAGGGUAGACCUAGAUCUGGUUUAUAAUACAAACCUCAAACAUUUUGAUUUCGACAGCGACAUGAAUCCAUGGACGGUUGCAAGAGCUAUGGCCAGGGAACCCUGGAGCCAAGAAUAUUUUGCUCGUCUCCGUUCAGCUCAUCAAAACCAUUACGAACAGUUUGGUUCUCUCACUGGUACUGUAGACAUUGACGGAGAGAAACAGAAGAUUGAGAUCGAUGUUAUGAAGGAUCAUACUCAUGGAUCAGUCAGGGACUGGACUUUGAUGCAUAGAUACGGAUUUCAUCAGUUUACAACACAAUCUGGUAUCAGGGGGUUUCUAGGUGUAGUUAGUCAGCCUGGCACCUUGUCUGUUCUUGAACUAGGCUGGAUUCUCAGAGACGGUCAACCCUUCCCUGUACAGGACGUAGACUUCCAGAUCUGGAACUUUGGAGAAGGAGGAGAGGAUACGUCAGAUUACGGGUUUAGGUUUCAAGCUGGAGAUGUUUGGUACAACGUUCAGGUGUCCCUGGUACAUCAGGAGAAAGGAAGAGCGUACUAUGGUCAUGAUUGGGAGGCAAGGAUAGUUGAACGGUUUGCAAAAUAUAAAAUAAAUGGUGAAGACGGUUGGGGGGUUACAGAAUGGGAAUAUAGGAACAAAGAGGGGAAAAUUGUGAAGAUUGAAGACUAAAGAUUUUUACCAUUUUAUAGAAGUUGAGAUUUUUAUAUAUGUUUUGCAAAUACGUUUAUGAUCGGUUCACAUAAAUACUAACUAAAAUUUAGAAAAAUUUAGAUAAGGUUUCUUAAUGGCUCGAAGAUUUUUUCUCGCAUUUUUUUUGUGCCUUUUAUGAACUUUGCUAAAUUGUUUUAACUUGGUUUGUAGUUCGCGAGUCCUGUGUAAAUACAUUGAUUUUUACAUAAUGAAUGUAUAAGUAGUUUCUGUUAUUGACAAUAAUAUUAAGAUUUAAAUGUUUAUUCCAGUGCUCAUAUCUGUUAUUCAAUAAACAUUAUA